AAGUGAACCACAGGCUAUAAACGUGACUUUCUUGAAUUUGCAUUUGAAUAGAUUGCAAAACUAACGUACUAGAAUUGUACAUCUAGCUUACCACCAACAAAUACGCCAAUUCCACAUUUGAAUAAUUUACAUAAUAAAAAGAAAAUGUCUAAAAGAGAAGGAGACGAACGUGUACGUCUGGAAAAGAAGGUGAAAUUAUCAAAGAAGGAAGAAAUUGCCAUUGAUUCCGAGUUAUUAGGUCAACAAUCGUCAUAUGUGAACAAUAAUAAGGAAGGAGAAGAUGCUUCAAUUGCUGAAGCGGCUGUUGCUGCAGUUAAUGAUUCUGAUCAAAAACAAGCACAACAACAACAUCAACAGCAGCAGCAGCAACAACAACAACAAGCUCAACAAAGUCAACAACAAAGCUUGUCAUACCACCAAGCAUACCAACAACAACAAGAAGCCCAAGGACAAAACCCAUUUAGACCAACCACCUUACCCCCAACUUCUGCUAACAAACCAACACAUGGUUCUGACGAAUGGCAUAGACAAAGAAGAGAAAACCACAAGGAAGUUGAAAGAAGAAGAAGAGAAUCAAUUAACGUGGGUAUUAAAGAAUUGGCUGCAUUAAUCCCAACCAAUGAUACUAACAAAGCCCAAAUUUUGCAACGUGCAGUUGAAUACAUUAAGAGAUUAAAGGAAAAUGAAAACAAUAACAUUGAAAAGUGGACAUUAGAAAAGUUAUUAACUGAACAAGCUGUUUCCGAAUUAAGUGCUUCAAAUGAAAAAUUAAAGCAAGAAUUGGAAAGAGCUUAUAGAGAGAUUGAACAUUUAAAGAGCGAAAAGAAAUAGUGGUAGAUUCGUCCUGUUUUUAUUUUUAUUUUACUAUUAUUAAGGUCUCUAUUUAAUUAGUUUAUUUCUGUAUUGUUUAGUAUUCUUUACGUGUAUUUUAUAUUGUAAUUUUGUUAUAUGUUUGUUGAAUGUAUUUGUAUCGUAAUUG